CUUCUCGAGCACAAGCAAAAGCAAACAAAUAGCUAAGGUUUAGAGAUCUGGUAUCCAAAAGACACAAAACUAUCAUGGCUUCUAGUCAGGUUAAAUCCGGUGUUCCAGUUUACACAAAAUGCCAGCUUCAGAAUCAUGCUGGAAAGGCCCAAUUUGUAACGCUGGAUAGCCAGAAAGAUUGGCAUGGGAGUGGCAAUGCCCCGAAAACGAUUCAAGAUCAAGCGCCCGGUGACUUUACUCACAAUGCAGAUUCCGCAGGAUCAAUUGGAGGUGUUGUAUAUGUUCUCAGUAAUGAGAUUAAGUGGGUUGUUGCAUGGAGCAACAAAGAACAACAACCUAACAAGGUCUAUACUCAGAUCUUUAAAGCCAGCGACGAAGUUGAUUGGCAGCAGAUCGCAGACAAUCUUGACCAAUCUUCGCAGCAAAGCAGCGAUCUGGGUAAAUUGGGAUACUCGUCAGAGGCUGUAAUCGAUAAAAACAACCCUGCUCCAUUACUGAAGGCAACACUCAGGCCAGCUGCUUAAGCCGCAGGCUUUGCUUGCGGUAGUGAGGCUGUCAAAAAUAAAUGCUAGUAGCAAUAUUGUGUGGUGUGCACUACUACAACUAAAAUAAAUUUGACAGCCAGCAAACUAGGAUUUGCUACUAGCUAGUGUCCAAUGUCUGCUUACUUUGUAUUUCGUACUGUGUGAUCCAAAAUAUUCCAUGUCUAUGGCUAUUUCUGGUAUUUCAUCAUAAUAAAAAAUAGUUUAUGUCACAUCAAA